AGGAAACUUUUACCAGAACACACGGGGUAAAAACAGUGUUCAGUAUCGGGUCUCUGGCUGUUACCUGUAGCUUUGUGAAGGAGUGCCAUGGCGAGGCGCAGAGGAAAGAGCAGCAGCAGCAACAACAAGCCGAAGGAUAGCUGGUUACCACAGGAGUCUUCACCAGGACCGUCGAGCGGAUUUAACGAGUAUAUUCUGCCCGGUGUUCUGUUUGUUAUCAUCACUAUCGGCGGUUCUGGACUCACCUGGGUCUACAGUGAACAACAGCAAACUAUCGACAGUUUAUCCGAAACACUCACUUAUAUACAGACGAGAUUAAACAAGCUGCAGCAGCAGUUCGGAGACCCUAACGCACAGCUUGCCAGUGUAGGUGGUUUUGAGGAGCGCCUUUUGGCUCUGGAGGAGGCCUAUGCCAGCGCGCAAAGACAAGUUGAACUUGCCUUAGCCACAUCAGAACAAAUGAGGUCCAAAGACCUUCACAGCAAAGUCUGGUCCCUGCAAACCGAGAUGAACUCCAGACUGGCCGAGCUCCAGCAGAAUUCCAUUUCCAUCGCUGCUCUGAAUGCUGUCAUCAAGAACAAAAGUAUUGAGCUAGAGUUUCUCAAACAGAACGUAAACGCCAUGCUGACUGCUAACUCCGAGCUUGGUUUUAGGAUUUCUGGCUUUACGGACACACUUUCAGUCACCAAGUCACGUUUGGAUGAAGAAAUCUCUGUUGUGGAAGGUCUGAUGUCUCAGCUGAAGGGUCAGAAGAGGGAAAUCAGAGAAAUGAAAGAAUUAAUCACCAGUAACCAAAAGGCUUUCGCUACAAAUACACAGGAACUUAUGGAUAUCAAGGACCUGCUAGAAUUGGAGCAAGCUAAGAGGACACAGGCUCUUAGGAAUCAGCUGAAGUCUCUGCAUAUGAGUCUGAAAGAUUCACAGAAUGGAAUAGGUAGUGCUCAUCUCAAAGCCCAGCUGGAAGAACUUCAAACCGAGAUUGUGCCUGAAGCUCCACCGCCCAGCAGUAUAGAAGUUAAGGUUCAGGUAGAGGAUCACUUAACAACAGCAGAUGACAAGGAAGAAGCACCUGAAAAGACCACGGAUCAUACUGAAGAACAAGAAUUCGCUGAAGAGCCAAAACAGUAUAAAGAAUUUGCGAAGGCAGAAGAAAUUACUGAGAAACCUACAAAAAGAGAUGAGGAGGAAAGUACUGGGGAACGUGAAGCUGUUCCAGAAUAUGUCAAAGUAAAUGAGCAACCUGUAGAGGAGCCUGUGACCGAAAAAAUACAAGAAGAAAGUACUGAAGAUGGAGCCACAGAGAAAGUGGACAGUACUGAGGAACAUGGAGAAACGGGGGGGGAAGAGAGUACUGAGGAACCUGGAGCAACAGAGGAAGAAGACAAUGCUGAGAGACAUGGAGAAACUGAGGAAGAGGAAAGAACUGAGAAACAUAGAGCAACAGGGGAAGAAGACAAUGCUGAGAAACAUGGAGAAACAGAGGGAGAAGAAAGUUCUGAGGAACCUGAAGCAACAGAGGAGGAAGAAGGUACUGAGAAACAUGGAGAAACAGAAGACAAAAGUACUGAGAAACAUGGAGCAACAGAGGAACAAAGUACUGAGGAAGAUGGAGAAACAGAGGAAGAAGGUACUGAGAAACAUGAAGCAUUAGAGGAAGAAAGUACUGAGAAACACGGAGCAACAAUGGAAGAAAGUACUGAGAAACACGGAGCAACAAAGGAAGAAAGUACUGAGAAACAUGAAGCAACAGAGGAAGAAAGUACUGAGAAACAUGAAGCAUUAGAGGAAGAAAGUACUGAGGAACCUGGAGCAACAGAGGAAGAAAGUACUGAGAAACACGGAUCAACAGAGGAAGAAAGUACUGAGAAACAUGAAGCAACAGAGGAAGAAAGUACUGAGAAACAGGGAGAUACAGAGGAAGAAAGUACUGAGAAACAUGGAGAUACAGAGGAAGCAAGUACUGAGAAACAGGGAGAUACAGAGAAAGAAAGUACUGAGAAACAUGGAGAUACAGAGGAAGCAAGUACUGAGAAACAUGGAGAUACAGAGGAAGCAAGUACUGAGAAACAUGGAGAUACAGAGGAAGCAAGUACUGAGAAACAUGGAGAUACAGAGGAAGCAAGUACUGAGAAACAUGGAGAUACAGAGAAAGAAAGUACUGAGAAACAGGGAGAUACAGAGAAAGAAAGUACUGAGAAACAUGGAGAUACAGAGGAAGCAAGUACUGAGAAACAGGGAGAUACAGAGGAAGAAAGUACUGAGAAACAGGGAGAUACAGAGGAAGAAAGUACUGAGAAACAGGGAGAUACAGAGGAAGAAAGUACUGAGAAACAUGGAGAUACAGAGGAAGCAAGUACUGAGAAACAGGGAGAUACAGAGGAAGAAAGUACUGAGAAACAUGGAGAUACAGAGGAAGAAAGUACUGAGAAACAGGGAGAUACAGAGAAAGAAAGUACUGAGAAACAUGGAGAUACAGAGGAAGAAAGUACUGAGAAACAUGGAGAUACAGAGGAAGAAAGUACUGAGAAACAUGGAGAUACAGAGGAAGAAAGUACUGAGAAACAUGGAGAUACAGAGGUAGAAAGUACUGAGAAACAUGGAGAUACAGAGGAAGCAAGUACUGAGAAACAUGGAGAUACAGAGGAAGCAAGUACUGAGAAACAGGGAGAUACAGAGGAAGAAAGUACUGAGAAACAUGGAACAGCGGACAAAGAAAUCACAAAGGAACUUGAAGUAGGAGAGGAAAAAGAAGCUGUUAAGAAGCACAAAUCCAAAAGAGAAAAAGAAGUUUCUAAGAAACACAGAGCAAAGGAGAAUGAUGAAAUUGUCAAGGAACUAAGCGCAAGAGGGGGGAAAAGUACUGAGGAACAUGAAGCUGUUCCAGAACAUGUCAGUGAGAAUCCUGUUGAAGAGCAAGUGUCCAAGACAAUGCAGACUUCUUCAGAGGAGACUGAUGAUGCCUCAGGUAACACAUUGGAGGAGGAUGCUCAGAAACAAAAAGAGGCGGAUGAUUCAGGCAUUUCCAAUCUUGAAACCAGAGAUGCUGUGGAAGAGCAAGCUGAAUUGUCAGAAGACAGUCAGAUAUCUUUAGAACAUUCGAACAUUGCAUCUACUGGAACAGUUGAUGCUGAGAAGCAACUGAAACCUAUUACAGAUAAAAUUCUAACUCCUUCAUCGGAAGCACACCCGGUCACAGAUGAACAGGAGGAGGCGAUUACUGAGGAACAAGUAAAAGAGAACGUUGCAGAAGACAUCCAAAGUCAGUCAGAUGAGAUUUCCACUGAGGAAAAAGAAUCAGAGGAAAAGGGUGAUGCAGAUCAAGAAUCAAUGUCUGGUGAGAAGGAGAUUUAGAAUCCAGCAGAUGAGACAGACCCCAUCACACAUGAGAACUGAGGGGGGAAAUGUACAUUUAUUGAGGCUAAGACUAAAGCAAUGGAGGAUUUUAUAGAGACGUAUUAUAGAUACUGAAGAACCUGGAAUGGAGUUUAUGAUAACUGCGUGUAUCAGACGAUUUCUCAGAUGUAGAGCUGUGAUUCUUUAAAGAAGUGCAUGAUGUGUACUGGUUUCUGUGUUCUUUACGUGCCUCUGAGUUUCAUCUGAAACAUUUUUGAUAAACAUUGCAGUUUGAGAUUUAUUCUACAGUUCUUCAGUCUUACUUUUGUAUGAUUUUUAAGUUUUUUGGGGUGUUUAAAAUCAACAAUAUUAAAACAGAAAAUGCCA